GCUGUAGGAUCCCCUGCAUUUUUCCAGGUUUGGUUUGCCCCUUCCCAGCAUGCUGUAUUUUAGCUAGAGGCUGUUAGUUUGAGGCAGUCUUUGCUGUGAGCUUGCAGAGAGCUGUCUUUUGGUGGCAAACAGGCCCAGGCAGCUGGAAAGGGCAUUUCUUACACGUCAGCCAUUUUAGUUACCAGGAACAAGUUAGCCAGAUUAGUUACCUACAUCAAACAAGUCAAAGAAAUCAGGAGCUGAAAGACCCUGCACCAGCUCCAUUGAGUGAGGAUAUCAAUAUUUUUCUCUUUAAUAUACAGGAGUAAUCUUGCAGCAAACUAGACAUGAAGAAAAACAGUCUGGUGAAUCUUGAUAAGCUUUUAGAGGACUUCUCACACAUAGAAAUGAAAAUAUCAGAACUCCAUGGAAAAAAUAAUCUUCUGACAUUACAGUUGGACAAAACGCACAAGUUACUGACAAUGAGCCAGUCGAAGGAAGAAUCAGCUAAAGAAGAAUGUGCUACACUUCAGACUGUGAUUAAAGGUCUCCAGCACACUAUAGAAAACCAGUGUAAUUUGCGAGAUGAAAAUGAGAGGAUAAAGAGCACAGCCCAUAUUUUGGAAGAGAAGCUGAAGGCUCAAGAACAGGAACAUAAAAAUAUGGUUGAGAGACUCCUAAGAGAUACUGAAAGCAAGACAGAAGCGUAUAAACUUGAACAAAGGAAGCUACACUGUGACAUGAACAAAAAAUUUGAAGCAAUGGAGGAAGAACAUAAGCAACUAAUACAGAAGAAAGAUCUAGAGAUUUUAGAGCUAAAUACUCAACUGAGAGCUCAAGAAAAAGAAAAACAGAAUGAGAUAAUUAAAUUGCAAAUAGAGUUCAAUGCUAAAUUAGCAAAGCUUCAAAUACCCAAACCAUAUCCAAAUCCGACAGGAUUUCCUCAAACCAUCUACAGAAGGGUACGUUUCCCUUUGUUCCAAUGUUAUGUAUAAAUAUUUUGAUGUAUAUUUUAAAGGACAAUAUGCUUCCAUAAAAUGUCUAUUAAGGCCUCUGGAUAUGCAACUAAUUAUGCUAAUAUUUUGGCUUCUUUGUGAGAGGCCAUCCUGAAGCCAUUCUGCUCCCAGUGACAUCUCCAUUAAUCUCAAGAAACUUAAUUUGUGUGUGCUCUCCCAUCUUAUUAAAUGAAUUGUAAACAUUGUACAUGUAUGUCAGAACAAAGUAGUCUUGUCUGUAACUCUUAUCUAUUAAUUUCAGAGCAUAUGUAUGUCUGUGCAUGUUGACUAAUGGUGACCCCAUAAAUUUCAUAAGGUUUUCAUAGGCAAUACUCGGAGGCAGUUUUGCCAGUUGCUUGUCUGAAAUAUAGCCUACAGCACAUGAUAUUUGUUGGUGGUUUCCCAUCCAAGUACUAAUCAGGGCUGUUCAAAAUCAGACAGAAACAGGUGUCUUUAGGUUACUUAGGCCCCUAUUAAUUUCAACAUCACUGUAAAAUCUAACAAGGUUGCCACCAAAAUUUUAUUUACUGUAUUUCUGACUUGCAUGUUUUUAACAAUAUGUUUUUUUGUAUUCUGUCUUUUUGUAAGCCACCUUCAGUCCCAGCCUGGGAGAAAGGUGGGAUAUAAAUAAAGGAAUGGAUUGAUGAACUUUUAGUUGACCUAAUUUUGCAGGUUUUCCUAGUCACCAUGCAAAAAUAACUCCAAGUUAAAAUAUUCACAUUAAAUAAGGAGUGUUUUAAGUGGUUUAAACUACACAAGAAAUGAAAUGCAAGUUUUGAAAACAAAACAGGAACUUCAAUAUGAGCUUCUUUGAUUCAAAAGCUCUGAUUUAUACAAAGAUGGGUGCUUAAAUAUAAGAAUUCUCUCUAAAAUGGGAGAGAUAGAGUGCCACACCUGCAGGGAAAUCCUUAGGCCAAUUCCAGCCAGUGCAAGGAAAAAAAACUAUAGUGUUUGCUGCAGGUGAUGAAGAAGGGCUUCUCUUUGGUCUUGUCCUCAUUUGAACUAGUUAUACACAUUCUAACAGCUUUAUAUUAGUUUUGUGGGCACAAACCAUAGGACUAAAUACAAUAUUAGCUCUGUACCUUUCUCAAUUACCAAAGUGACUCAGAGAUUUGUUGUCAUGUGUCUGUUCUGAAUGUGCCUAUGUUUUUCAACAGAAAAACAGUACAUCUAUGUACAUAUGGUGUAUUCCAUAUCUGAAUUUUAAUGAGCAACAAAAUGUUUGUUAAAUUUCCAUAGAAACUUCAGCAUCUUGAAGAAGAGAAGAACAAGGAAAUUGAAUUUCUCCGCCAUACCAUUAAGAACUUAGAACAGAGGCUUGGUAAGAGACAAGAUUCCCGCUUCAAACAGCACCAGUUUUGAGAAUUACAUAACAAAGCUACAGGCUAAGAAAAGUAAAAUACAGGACUAUACUGGAUCAACAGAACCUUUUUAUCAUUUAUUAAAAACUCUCUUAUUGGUUGUCCACACAUAAAACCUUUCAGUUGUGUUCUAAACUACUUUCAUACUUCUAUGUGUUCACCAUAAAGGAAUUCAGGUUUUGUAGGAGAGUUGCUUUCCCUAAUAAACCAUCAAGAACUAUGGCAAACGCAUUUAAGUAGCUUCUCUCUGUUAAACAUCUUCUUUCAUCUCUACACCCUCCAAACAUGACAUACAAAUAAAGAAUUAAUUUUAAAAAAGAGAAAAUGUAACAAUAAGACAUAUUAUUUGGUUAUAUAAAAAGGGACAUUAUAC